AUGCCACCCAAAAAUAGGAAUCGGGCCGCGACUGCUGACAGCGCCGCUAUCGCCUCUUCUGGCGCCAAACUAAUUAACAACCCCAAAAGUAACAGUAGCGGUGUAAAGGGAAAAAAUAACAACAAAAGUGCCCCCGUUGCAGCGAAGGCAAGAAGGCAAAGCGAAGCGGACGAUUUUGAGCGAGUACUGGCAGAUCUGAACCGAGCCACAGCCGCCGUGGGAAAGGAGCGGGAAAAGCAGGUAAAGCGCGAGAAACCACGUAAGGAGCGACAUGAGGAUGUCCGCGCCUUGGCGCAGAAACCGGAAGGAAUAGAUGAGGAAUUCAGCAUGAUGUUACGCAAGAAACAACAACAGAAGCAGUUUCAGCAACUAAUCCAGCAGCUGCUGGCAGCGCGGAGUCCAUUUCUCGACGCGCCAGAGAAGGAGGUGCGUUGUGAAGUGGCGACGGAGAACCCGAAUUUUGAUGUGGCUGUGGGUGAAAUGCAAGGCUGGCGGGUGAGUAUGGAAGAUAAGCAUGCCAUUGAUGUUACUUUUCCCUCUGGAGCAAAGGACAGCAAGGAGGGGUUCUUUUGUGUCUUUGAUGGUCACUCGGGUGACGGGUGUGCCAAGAAAUGCAGUGAACUCAUCCCAAAAGUUUCACGUGCCCACAUGGUGGAGCAUACGGACGGUUUUAUGGAGAUUGACUUUGAGGCAGCGUACAUGGAAGUGGACACACUUUUAGAAAAGGAGCUGACGGAUCAGUCUGGUUGCACAGCAGUGACGGUACACAUCACACCAACACGCAUUACAUGCGCCUCCGUGGGUGACUCCCGUGCUGUACUGUGCCGUAAUGGAAUAGCCGUUGCGCUCAGCGAAGAUCACAAACCGGACAGGGAAGCGGAGCGAGCCCGUAUUGAAGAGGCUGGCGGCCACGUUGCGGAAAACCGCGUGAAUGGUCAGCUGGCUAUGAGUCGGGCAAUGGGUGAUUUCACAUACAAGACACAGAAGGAACGUGGCCCACGGCAGCAGUUGGUAAUUGCCGUGCCUGAUGUGGUAAUGGUCAAUCGUGAGGCCGAUGAUGGGUUUGUGGUACUUGCCUGCGAUGGCAUCUUUGAUGUAAUGAGCAACGAUGAGCUCAUCAAGGCAGUGCUUAUCAGGAAGGCUGAGAAUAAACCAAAUAGUGUCAUCUGCGAAGAAAUUUGCCACGAGUGCCUGGCGCCACCUGCGGAGGAGGGCAAGUACGCACCGCGGCCGGAGGGUACGGACAAUAUGACAAUAAUGAUUGUGGAUCUUAAGUAG